AUGACGGAGAGCAGCCCUGCGGAAAGGGACCUGGAGAGACUAGUGGAUGAAAAGCUGGACGUAAGCCAACAGGGCGCCCAGGAGGCUAUGCAUGUGGUGAAAAAAGCAGACAUGAUCAACAAGAACAUGGUUCACCAGGUCCAGGCAGAGAGGGAUGCAUUGGCUCUUAGUAAAAGUCCUUUCAUUGUGCACUUAUACUACUCACUUCAGUCAGCUAAUAACAUCUAUUUAGUGAUGGAGUACCUUAUUGGUGGAGAUGUCAAAUCACUUCUUCAUAUUUAUGGAUAUUUUGAUGAAGAAAUGGCUGUGAAGUACAUUUCUGAAGCAGCAUUGGCUCUUGACUAUCUUCACAGGCAUGGGAUAAUCCACAGGGAUCUGAAGCCAGACAAUAUGCUCAUUUCUAAUCAGGGCCAUAUAAAGUUGACAGACUUUGGACUUUCCAGAGUUACUCUGAACAGAGAGAUAAAUAUGAUAGAUAUCCUUACUACACCAUCAAUGGCAAAGCCAAAGCAAGGCUACUCGCGUACUCCAGGACAACUGUUGUCACUCAUCAGUUCCCUGGGUUUUUAUACCCCUGCUGGAAUGAAGGUGCCAGAGCGCAGUUCCAGUCAGUCAGCUGACAGUCUGCAUGGAGUCCUUUCUCCCUUGCCUGUAGUCCAAAAGGAAAAUACCCUUCUUUCAAAGAAAUUAUUCAAAACAUAUCUUGAUAAUUCUCAAUUAGCUCCUGUGACACCAGUGAGAAGUUUAACUCCUACUGUACUUCAGUCAGGCAGAAGGUUUGAUACCUCCAGUGCUAGCAGUCAGUUGCACACAUACUUUUCCAGUAUGGAAUCGGAAUGCUGCAGCAGUCCCAGGUGGGAGAAGGACGUAGAGCAAAGUGAAGAUGAACCAUGUUCUCCAACAGGCAAAACAAGUAACAGAGGGUCAACUCCCCUUUCAAAUGGAGAAUUUUCAGAGAGCAAAGGUAUUACUGUUUUCAAGAAAAAAGAACUAGAGUCUAUUUCUCCCUUCAGCAGCAACGAUUCUGGCAGUAGGCAGAAGCUGGGGAGUGAACAUACUGAUAUAACCGAUACUCCUGUGACCACACUGGAUGCAAAAAGCAUAGUCAGAAAAUGUGUUUUUGAAAAUAAGAUUUUGGAAGAAAACAUCUUUGAAAGUAAAAAAGAGAUGACUAAUGGAACAGCAGAAACUGCCAGUCAUCCUCAGUCACCUUCUGAGCCUGUCAAGUGUAUCAAAGAGAGAGAAAUUUUUGAGAAGCCUGGUGUAAAAAGAAGCUUUGAAUUAGUUGACACUAGUCCCUGUCAGGAACUUCACUAUGUUAAAAAAAGCAAUGCAGAAUAUAAACGUGGCUGUCAGAUCUCAGAAUUUCCAGCAAACAAAAGGACAGGUUUGACAACAGAAAUUCAAUCCUUAAUGCUUUGUGGUGAUGGAUGCCUACAUGGCACCUGCAAAAGCAAGGAAGAACUUAAGAAUUCUAUUGGUAACCAGCAAACAGUAGAAAAAUCACUUGCUCCAAUUAUAGCCAAAAAUCUUAUGUGUGACCUGGAUGCAGACUGUGAAAGAGAUGAUAAAAAAGAGUACAUGAACUCGAGUCUUUUAGGCACUGAUGAUGAAAAACCUUUAGGAAUCCUCAGUGUGGAUUCUGAUGUAUUUCUUGACAUGUCUGUUACAGAAAGCCAUUUAGAAAAGCAGCUUUUAGACUUGGACAAAAGUGUUAAAGAUCUCUCAUUUGAGGAAGCAAAACCAGAAGGCACACUAAUAACGUCACCGGAGUCCCAGGGUGCCUUGCAAAUUGGAGAGGAAGCACGUAGUGUCCAGGACUCUGAGGUGUUGCAUCCUGUAAAGGAUAAUGAACAGAAACAUGUGAAAGAAACUCACCUUGACACAGUAUCUUCUUCAGAACAAUUGAUCCAAGCACUGAAUGUCUCCAAGAAAAAUGCCGUUGUUUUUCGAAGUUAUAAUAGUCCAAUUAAUAUAUCCAACGUAUCUGAGCCAUGUAGCAUGACUUCCUUGGAUAUAAUGGAUCUUUCACCUGCUUGUAGUGGCUCUUACCCAACAGCUAUUACUCCAUUACAGAAAGGAAGACCAUACAGGGCCUAUCAGACACCUCGUCAGGGAGAUGCUGGCACACCAUAUAGGACUCCAAAGAGUGUGAGAAGAGGAGCUGCCCCAGCAGAAGGUGAACGCAUCCUAGGAACCCCAGACUACCUGGCACCUGAGCUGCUUUUGACAAAGCCUCAUGGUUCAGCUGUGGACUGGUGGGCCCUUGGAGUUUGUCUGUUUGAGUUUCUAACAGGAAUUCCACCUUUUAAUGAUGAAACACCAACACAAGUCUUCCAAAAUAUUUUGAAAAGAGAUAUUCCCUGGCCUGAGGGUGAAGAAAAGCUGUCUGAUAACGCCCAAAAUGCAAUAGAUAUUCUUCUAACAACAGACAGUACUAACAGAGCUGGACUGAAGGAACUGAAACAUCACCCCCUCUUCCACGGCGUGGACUGGGAUAACCUACAGAACCAAACCAUGCCCUUCAUACCUCAGCCAGACGACGAAACGGACACCUCUUACUUUGAAGCCAGGAAUAAUGCUCAGCACCUGACUGUGUCUGGAUUUAGCUUAUAG